UGCUCCGAUGCCCUGUACCGAGCGGAACGUCCCUAGCUAAGUUAGCACAGGCUAACCCAGCCCGGCCGCCCCGUGUGGACGGGUUUUGACGUUUUGCCGCUGUUUCUGGAUGUUUAUAACCCGACCCGAGAGGCUGGAGCUGAUGAUGGAGGAUUUAACCGAACUAGAACUGAGUCUGGAGUGUUGCGUCACAUCAGAAGGCUUGCUUCUCUGAGCUGCUUCACCCCAGUGAGGCAGCUUUCUUCAGGCUGCUCCUCACUCGGCCUGCUGCAAAAUGGACGCGUUGCUGAAUCCCGAGCUCAGGGAAAACACACAAGAUGGCUCGAUCAAAGUGGAGAACACUGCAAAGCAAGUCAUAUUUAAAGGCCUUGCCCCCAGGGUGGUCUUGUCGAACCGUCUCCUGCCCAAAGGAACAAAGUCUAAGGUGAACCUAGAAGAGCAGGGUCGACAGAAGGUGUCUUUCAGUUUCGCACAAACCAAGAAGCCUCGCCAGAACUUCUUCUUUCCCCCGCCUGUCCCAGAGAAAACCCAGAUUGAAGGUUCUUCUGCAGUGCAGUCUGCACACCUGCUCUCCACAGUCCUAGGAGAGCAAAGUGCUGCAAGCAAGAAUGAUCCAACUGAGAAGAUUGACGUCUCUGCUGUGGCCACAAUAGUGGCAGUGUCCCAUUUGGCACAACCCCCGCCUCCCCCACCUCCCCCACCGCCCAAAUCAAAGCUUGACCUUGGCAAGAUGCAUUUUAAAAAGCAAAUUCUUUCAGUCGUUGAGGAAAGUCCUGUUGUCAGCGCUUUUUCAGAUGAACCCAGCUUAGGUACAGCAGUUUCAAUAAGCAAAUCUCCAGCAAAGAUUGAAGCCCAAACAUUGGUGUCUCAGCUCCAGCAGAAAAGAAUCACUUCUCCUGAAAAAGUUAAGAGGGAGGAAAAAGCUCAGGACAAAUCGGAUGCUCACCUCAAAGGACCAGUGGAUUCUUCCCAUAUUGGGAACGAGUGUAAGGAUCAGCUCAAUGUUUUUGAACCUCAAGACAACAAAACGGACAGCUCUCUGACCGGUUCUGAGAUUGAUGAGGAUUGCAAUAGGAAAUCUUCCAGCCCAAAGUCUAGUGACUCCAAGACUGCAAAAAAAUCUGAUGGUCACAGUACAGAUGACAACAAAUCAUCCAGUUGUAAAACAGAGGUGUCAGAGAAAAAUAGAUCUGAUAGGAGAGAAGAGAAAGAGGAAAAGGGGUCAAGCCGUUCCAAAACAGAGCGAGACUCCAGAGUGGACCGGGACUCCCAAACAGAGCGAGACUCCAGAGCGGAUCGGGACUCCAAAACAGAGCGAGACUCCAGAGCCGACAGGGACUCUAAAACAGAGCGGGACUCCAGAGCGGACAGGGACUCCAAAACAGAGCGGGACUCCAGAGCAGACAGGGACUCCAAAACAGAGCGGGACUCCAGAGCGGACAGGGACUCCAAAACAGAGCGGGACUCCAGAGCGGACAGGGACUCCAAAACUGAGAGGGACUCAAAAACAGAGCGGGACUCCAAAACUGAGAGGGACUCCAGAGCGGACAGGGACUCCAAAACUGAGAGGGACUCUAAAGCUGAGAGAGACUCCAGAGCAGAUAGGGACUACAAAACUGAGAGGGACUCUAGAGCGGACAGGGACUCCAAAACAGAGAGGGACUCUAGAGCUGAGAGAGACUCUAGAGCAGACAGGGACUACAAAACUGAGAGGGACUCUAAAGCUGAGAGAGACUCCAGAGCAGAUAGGGACUCCAAAACAGAGAGGGACUCUAGAGCUGAGAGGGACUCCAAAACAGAAAGAGACUCUAGACAUACAUCAUCACGGUCUUCUCGAUCUGACAGGAGGAGGACCAGGAGUCGCUCCCGGUCUAGAUCCCGAAGUUCUCGAACUAGCUCUUCCUACUCCAGAUCAGACAGAUUGAGAAAUGAGAAACAGUCCAGGUCACAUUAUCACGAUUCUGAAAGAAGGUCCCAUCGAAGUUCUCCUUAUCGUGAGCGGAGACGAUCCCGCUCUAGAGCUGACAGGCGAUCUCGGGACAGCUCAGACUCUGAGGACGACCUCAGGAAACCGAGGACGCGAAGCAGCGACUCGAGCCGGUCCUCGACCUACUCAAAUUCACAGAGGGAUUCCAAGUCAUCCUCUCACUCAAAGUCCUACAAAGACUCAAAAUCCAUAGAUUCCUUACGCCCAUCAGAAACAGACAAGAGAGUACAGUACUCAAGAACAGAAAGAUCUGGAAGAAAAGAAAAGGAAGACAUCGAAAGCAGUAAGAGAAUCUCCCCCGAGUCUGAAGCCAGUCGUAAAAAAUCUUUUCACCAUUCAAAAUCUGAGAUAAACGCUAAUACGUCAACUUCCAGCUCAGAUACAUCAUCAAGGUCUUCUGAGAAAAAGGUCCAGAAAACUUGUGGGAGCUCUGAUUCAGAUGAGGAGCACCGCAGAAAGUCUCAGUCUUCUGCGCCUGCUAGUUCAUCUUCUAAAACAACAGAUACUUCAAGAUCCAAAUCUUCAUCUAGUCCAACUGGAACUAAAAGACAAUCAGUAGACAAAGAAAAUAGUAAUAAGAAGGUGCUACUUUUUGAUUCUGGCACAGUUGUGUCUCAGGGAGAAUUGAAAAAAGUGGACAGUUCUCGACAUGAAGAUGGUACUCAGUUAAAAUUAAAGAGGAAUCCUCCUCAACAGAAUGAGCAAACUACAAAAAAGGACAACUCAGCAAGCAAGAAGCUUGCUUUACAAGAUACAAACGAGGAUCCUGGUUCUGUGGCAGUGUGCCUGACUGUGCCUGAAGUUUUCAAAAAUGCUGAUGUGGAAUCGAGUCGUAGUAUAAGUAAAUGUACUGUAACGGUCAAAGAAAUCCUAGAAGAAAAUGAUCAGCUUGGGAAGGUAACGGAGACUCUAGUCAGCAAUGAACUUAAUGUUUUAAAAGAAACUGAGAAUAAUGUACCGAUUGUCAGUAAUAUUUCUUCCAGCGUAAAUAAGCCGUCUUGCGUGGGUUAUACUCCCAAUCAGGAUUCCACAGGAUCGUUGGCAGACACUCUUUCUGUGAAAGAAUUAGCGCAUGAAGCAUGCUUGAAACCUAACACUACACUUGAUUCUCUGUUGGAUAUUAGUAAAGAAGUCGAUAGGAAGCCCAGUAAUCACGAUAUCAAGACUGGCAAAGGACAUGAGCAGCUUAGUAUAAAACCGGAACGGUCCAGUGCUGGCAUGUUAAAGAAGGGUAGUAAUUCAAAAAAAUCACGUUGGGAUAUUGUUGGACAAGACAGUUCCGAACACGAGAGCCCCAAAAAGAUGUUGAACCCAGAAACUACACCUGUAAAGGAUAUCUCUUUAAAGAAAAUACAUUUUAAUAGUGAUACGAACCUCGAAGAGGCCUGCUCAGAAAAACAAGACUCUGUAGUACAUUCUGUGAGGUCAGAUAAUGUAAAAAAGCCAAUAGAUUGUUCAGAGGAAUCCCUGAAAAAAAAUAUGCAUGUUUCUGCCCAGUUACUUGAACUUGGUACCCAACAAACUAGGCUUGUAAACAGUGAGCUUGUUGUCCACACCCCAGCAAAACAAGCUCUGGACAUUCCUCCUGAAUCAGACUGCAAUCCUGAAUCAAGUGUUAUUGAUUUGGAUCAGAAACGUGCUAAUCAUGAAAAGUUGGAUGUCGAUGAAGACUCUCUUAAGCCUGUUACUCAGGACUCUGCAUCCCUUAAUUGUGAUCAUAAAAGCCUUAGCGCAGAAAGUGAGACGGAUGACUCUGACUCUGAUUCCGAUGACGGACAGAGCUCUUUGAAGCGACUGCACUCUGUGGUGAUUGUGCCAAAGAAUUCUACCAUUACCCAUGAGCCGACUGACCAGCCUGUACCGUCUCCAAGUCCGUCCUCUCUCCCCGGGCAGCAGCAGCUACUGUGUCAAUCUUAUGAGUUGGAUAAGGGCAGUAACAAUGGGAUUCUUAGUAGUCAUAGCGCUCAGUCUAAGCUUGUGGAAGCUUUGGCCGAAGAUAGAAACCAGGACGUCUCACCUUCUUUUCUGCAAGUGCCCUACCAGUCCCAGAGCAACAUGGUUGACAGCACUAGCCAGUCUGAGGUAAGCAGUGCUCUUUCAGAUGCGAACAGGAACUGCACUGUCUAUGAAAGACCAAAGACUUGUUUUCCAACAAGCCAAGAACCUACACAUGCUCUUGAAAAUGCACAACGGGAUUCUGACUUGGGUCAUCAUCAGCACUAUGAUAGACCAGACAGCUGGCAUGGGAGAAAAGGAGAAAAAGAACAGGCCAGGGACCUCAGUUCCUCAGGCAAAUUUCAUAGUAGGGAUGGUUGUAACAUGGGUUGGGGGUCUCAGCCAGAGCAACCUAGCAGCACGUUUCAGCAACCGGACAGCAGCCACAGUACCAAGCAGCCCCCCCAGAUAGGGAGUGCAUUUAUCAGGCAAGACCGUGAUGGUUGGACGCAUAAUAGCAGACCUGUCGGCAUGUCUUUGACUUCUCGCUGUCAUGAUAUGGUGGGUCAGAUUCACCCGGACUCGCUGACCAACGACAAUGAUGAAGACUACGAGGCAAAAGCGCUAGCUAUCAGUCGAGGGAUUGUACCAUCUUCGGAAUUUGAAACGUUUGUCCAAGCUCACGAGAUCAGCAGCAACUGCAGCUUUGUGAAUGCUUCUUCCGAGAGCCCGAUUGUUCUGGAGCCUCCCAGAGAAGACAGCCAGAAGCCUCACAGAGGCAGAGGCCCGCCCAAAAAGAGGCGUCCUGAAUUGGAGUCUGAAUCGGACAAUGAGGCGGAUGCAGGGCUUGCUUGCAAGAAGGAAUGCUUGGAGGAGCGCGACUCCUGCAAAAGCUUGAGUGAAACCAAGGCAUCCUUGGAUCAGGAAAGCGCACAGCGGCCGCUGCUCAGCCUGAAGGAGUUUACAGACCCGGGUGUCUGGAGGGAAAAAGCCAGGCAGAAAAAGAUGCCUCCGUAUUUUGACCUCAUUGAAGAGAAUAUUUACUUGACAGAACGCAAGAAGAAUAAGUCUCAUCGGGACAUUAAGCGAAUGCAGUGCGAGUGUGCCAUCCUUUCAAGAGAGGAGCGAGGAAGAGGGAUGAUGGCUUGUGGAGAAGAUUGCUUAAAUCGUCUUCUGAUGAUCGAGUGCUCGUCCCGCUGCUUAAACGGAAUGUAUUGCUCCAAUCGUCGCUUCCAGAUGAAGCAACAUGCAGACUUUGAAGUCAUUCUAACAGAAAGCAAAGGCUGGGGUUUGCGGGCAGCCAAAGACCUCCCGGCGAACACCUUUGUGCUGGAGUACUGCGGCGAGGUUCUGGAUCACAAGGAGUUUAAGUCCCGGGUGAAGGAGUACGCUCGCAACAAGAACAUCCACUACUACUUCAUGGCCCUGAAGAACAACGAGAUCAUCGAUGCAACUCUGAAAGGCAACUGCUCGCGUUUCAUGAACCACAGCUGUGAGCCCAACUGUGAAACCCAGAAGUGGACAGUGAAUGGUCAGCUCCGGGUUGGCUUCUUUACCACCAAAGCUGUGAGCGCUGGCACUGAGCUCACUUUCGAUUACCAGUUUCAGAGAUAUGGGAAAGAGGCUCAGAAGUGUUUCUGUGGAGCUCCAAGCUGUCGCGGGUUCCUCGGUGGAGAGAACCGUGUUAGCGUGCGAGCAGCUGUGGGAAAGAAACAGAAAGAGCGAUCUCGCAAGAAAGAAACCGUCAGUGCUCUUACUACGGUGGAUGAGGAGCUGGAGGCUCUGCUGGAGAACGGUGAAGGUCUGAGUGAUGAGAAGGAAGUGAUUUCUCUCUGCAGGCUGAUGGUGCGAGUGGAGACCACGGAGCAGAGAUUUACCUGCAUUAAACUCCUCCGGAAUACCCAGAACCAUUCGUGCCUGAAGCAGUUCUUGGAUCAUCAUGGUCUCUCGUUGCUCUGGAUUUUCAUGGCUGACGUUUCGGAGACAAAAAGCAACUCUGCCAACAACUUCAAACUGCAGUUUGAGAUAAUGAAGGCUUUGGCGGUGCUGCCCAUCUCCACUAAGAACAUGUUGGAGGAGAGUCGUGUGCUGCAGUUCAUCCAGCGCUGGGCCAAGAGCCACCCACUCGGACAUCCUCCGGAGCAGGACGGCUACUCCAGCGAGAGCACGUCCCGCGCCCAGACACCUUUAAACACACCCGACGGCCCUCCGGCUAAACUGGCCCCGGAGCUGGACGGAGACACGCCGAAACGCGCCGUCUACCGCCGUCUGAAGAUCAUCAGCGAGAACAGUCUGGACAGCGCGCUCUCGGAUGGCAGCAAAGCCUCUGACGGCAAGGAGGAAGAUGAGGAAGAGGAGGAAGAGAUAGAGGAGGAGUCUUCCCAGAUGGAGGUCCAAACAGAUGCAGCAGAAAUGAAGGAGAGCGGCGCUGAGAGUCAGGUUGAAGCAGAGUCUCAGUCACUGGUGAAGCAUGAAGUUUCUGACGUCGCUGAGAGUAGCCAGCCUAAGGCUGAGGAGGAGGAAGAAGGUGCUAAUGAAGACGGACCUGAGGGAGAGGAGCUGGACAUUAAGGAGAAGGUGGCUGUCGAGAAAGAGGAGAGUCAAUCUGUUCAGGUUGAGGAGAAGCCUGAAGCAGACCCUGAGCCUGUGACGGAACCUGAGCCUCAACCCCAACCUCAACCUCAGUCUCAACCUGAGCCUGAGCCUGAGCUGAUCAGCCAGGUAGAAGCACCUGUUGUGGAGCAGCCUUCUGAUCCGACCAGCAUCCAAGCUGAAGAAGACCCUAGCAUGUCUGUGGAAGCCUCUGGUGAUAAUGAAGAACCAACUGUCGCCACAGAAACUGCUGUUGAAAACACGUCUUGCGGUCCUUCAGACAUUAUUGUUAGUGGUCAGUCCAACACUCAUGUCUCCUUGGAAGCUUCUGAAGUUAUGAUCGAAACAGCGCCUGCUUCUGACGCUACGACCGUCAUCAUCACCACCGAAACCCAACCAGCAGCUCUGAACCUGGAGGAUGUUCCACCCAGUUCCUCAGUGACCUCCUCUGCAGAGGGUAAAACUGUCUCUUUGGAAGGUGCUGACGUCGCUCCAGGUGAUAUCACUCCAGCUGACGUUGCUCCUGCUGCUGUGCCAGAGAUUCCAUCCUCAGUUGUGGCGGCAGAAGGUGCAGUGAUGGUGGCUGAAGGUGCUGUUGUGGGCACCCCAUCCCAAGACGAGGAGGAGGCAGUAUCUGACGUGGAAAGCGAGAGGAGCCAAGAGCCACAGAUCAGAGCAGUUGACAUCAGUGAAAUGGCAGCACGCCUCCUUGACAGCUGGAAAGACCUGAAGGAGGUGUAUCGGAUCCCUAAAAAGAGUCAGGUGGAGAAAGAGUUAAACGAUCGCAGCAGGGACCGUGAAGUGAUGCUGACGCCUCGAACACCCUCCUCCAGCAGCCGUGAGCGCGAGAGAGAGCGGGAACGCGAGAGGGACCGAGAGCGUGAUCGAGAGCGAGAGAGGGAGCGAGACUGGGAGAGAGAGUGGGAAAGGGAGCGAGAGAGGGACUCUGAAAGAGCCAUGAUGCGCAGCGCUGAGAGGCGGAGGAGGCGGGGGUCUGCUUCGCCUCCGCCUUCGUCGUCUUACGAGAGAAGCAGUCGCAGAAAUGACGACCGAUAUGACCAGUCCAGCAGCAGUAAGAAAAAGUCCCGUAUUAAGCUGUCCACUGAGGAGCGCAGGAAGCUGUUUGAGCAGGAAGUGGCUCAGAGAGAAGCUCAGAAACAGCAGCAGCAGCAGCAACAACAGCAGCAGCAGCAACAGGAGCAACAACAGCAGCAGCUUCAGAGGCUAGCGUUCGACCCACUAUUGUACGCUUCCAGUGGAUUUAUGACCUACCCUCCGGGUUACCCCAUCCAGACUUAUGUGGACCCUUCCAACCCCAACGCGGGCAAGGUCCUGCUGCCCACCCCGGCCGUGGAGCCAAUGUGCGGGGCUCCGGCCGGCACUGUCCCCGCCGUCUCCUUCGAACAGGCUGCCUCCCAGCCGCUCAUCACUGAACUCGGCAUGACCUCCCCGACAGCCAGCACCACCCAGGACGGCGCGGCCUCCAGCCUGGCGCACGUGCCCACACAGACACAGCAAUUCGUCCAGCCCACUGUGCCAGCGCAGGACCCCGGGGUGGCCGUCCUGUCUGUGCCGGCCCAGGCGGCCAGUCCGCAGGUGCAGGGUCAGCAGGGAUACGCCACUCUGUGGGACCCCAGCACUCAGCAGGCCGUCACUGUGCAGACACAGCCUGCGCAGCAGUAUUCCACCACCGCGCAGCCGCAGACCGCUAUCUACUACCAGGGCCAGCCAUGCCAGGCCAUCUACAGCAUUCCAGCAGGGUACCCGCAGACCAACACUCCAGUCAUACAGACCUACACCGAGCCGACCACCGGAUACCUGCAUGGCCAGCAGGUCUACACCGGUCACCCGCAGGGAGUGGUGGUCCAGCAGGGUGGCACCGUCACCACCAUAGUCACUUCUCAGACCGUACAGCAGGAGAUGAUUGUACCCAACAGCAUCAUGGACCUGCCUCCACCUUCACCUCCCAAACCCAAAACCAUCAUCCUGCCUCCAACUUGGAAAGUAGCGCGAGAUCCUGAAGGAAAGAUCUAUUACUACCAUGUAGUCACCAGGCAAACGCAGUGGGAUCCGCCUACCUGGGACGGCGUUGGGGAAGAGGCCAGUGUGGAGCACGAGGCUGAGAUGGAUUUGGGAACACCAACGUACGACGAAAACCCCUCAAAGUUCUCCACUAAGACAGCAGAGGCAGACACGUCCAGUGAGCUCGCAAAGAAGAGUAAAGAAGUCUUCCGCAAGGAGAUGUCGCAGUUCAUAGUGCAAUGCCUUAAUCCCUAUCGAAAGCCUGACUGCAAACUGGGCCGCAUCAGCAACACCGAGGACUUCAAACAUCUCGCCAGGAAGCUAACUCAUGGAGUGAUGAACAAGGAACUGAAGUCCUGCAAGAACCCAGAGGACCUGGAGUGCAAUGAGAACGUUAAACACAAGACCAAGGAGUACAUUAAGAAGUACAUGCAGAAAUUCGGCACUGUGUAUCGUCCUAAAGAGGACACAGAGCUGGACUAGUGCCCACUCCACGAGUGUGGAGGGGUCCGUAACCGAGUGGGACAAGGCCGAUCAACCCACGAUCAACUUUCCGGGUGUUGGUUGUGUUUUUUUUUUUUUUUGUUUCGUUUGUUUUCGUUCUUUUUAAUACUGACUUCUAAACACGUCCUAACUGCUGCUCUGAAGACUCUGCCAUCUGCGAGGAGACGAGAUUAAUAUUAUUAUUAUUAUUAUUGUUGUUAUUAAUAUUAAUAUUAUUCACACGAAAGGUCCCACAGCCAGCCAGCCAGUGAAUGAGUGAAGCGAAGCAAAGCAAAGCAGAGGACACACUUAGGGUGCUACACAAGACAGACUGUUCUCCAGACUUUGUGCCCUUUUUAGCCCCGCCCCCUUUCGAAACAGGCGUCUUUGAAUACCUCCUCUUCCUCUCCGCUCACUUCCGGACUGCAGCUUCAUUCCUUCACAGUCCUUGUUGUUCAAGUCGUCGUUUAUCCAUGUAUUUCAGCCCAGUCCGACUGAAGAAGGCGGACGUUCCUAAAGAGCCCGUCUGGUGGCGUUCUCCACGCAGCAGGCCGUCAUAGUUCUCAUGACCUUCUUCACUUUAAGCAUCAAAUGCCGAUGCGGCGUCUCGGUGGAAGCACGCUUUUAUCCAAUCGGAAGUUUGAAGGAUGUGCGUCCAUCCGCUCUAAGCCGCUCUCGGCCACUUUUACCCCCCUCUCGGCGGGGGGGCAUGUAGCAUAUGUUGUUUUAUCAACCUGUUUAUCACUGUUUUACAUUAACUGUCAUUAACUUGCUCUUUUACUCUCACCACAAAGGCAAAUGUGAAGCCCUCCAGGUGUUUUUCCCUCUCACUCACCCCUUCUAACGUUCAAGUCCAUCAGGGUUCUCCCAUAAGCUCUUGCUGUUAAUGAACAUGAACUCACCCAGCUCAUUCAUUUGCAUUAAACCCUGCUUCCUCUCCCCACCCUCCACCCCUUACCAGGAAACAUGUAUUAUAUUGCUUUAUAUGUGAAUAUGUUGAGAAAUAGUUUUUGAGACCGUUUAAAUAAGCAGAGACUUUGUAAAAGGACAGUGGAGAUCAUGUAAAUAUGUGUAAUUAUACCAAAACCCACAGGAUGCACACGCGGGACGAUCACCGUCGAUUACCAGUGUUCCCACAGCAGCAGCCGGGACUCCACGCUUUUCCACAGCUCUCUGUGUGUGUGUGUCUGGUCGGGUUAAAAGGUGGUGGUGGGGGGAGGUGUGUGUGUGUGUGUGUGUGUUUUUUGGUUUCCUUUUAUUUUCCCCCUUUUUAUUUCCUCCUUUCUCUACAGAAAUCCCUUUUUUUAUGUACAAACGGAGUCUCGCCCCACUCCACUGUAAGUACUGUGCAAGCACAUUGUCAUACUGAGUGUAAAGAACAUUUUAAAAUAAACUGUUUUGUAAAAACGA